CGCCGACCACAUCCUCAAGAAUGGGCUCCAACAAACCCCGUGGAUUGCAAGCCGCGCGCAAGCUGCGCAAUGAUCGCCGCGAGAACCGCUGGGCGGAUAAGGCCUACAAAAAGCGCGCCCUAGGCAACAUCUACAAGACCUCGCCGACGGGAGGGUCGUCGCACGCGAAGGGCAUUGUGCUCGAGAAGAUCGGUGUUGAGGCUAAGCAGCCCAACUCUGCUAUCCGGAAGUGUGUCCGGGUGCAGCUGAUCAAGAAUGGAAAGAAGGUCACCGCGUUCGUGCCGAACGACGGUUGCUUGAACUUUGUCGAUGACAACGACGAGGUCCUCAUUUCCGGUUUCGGUCGCCGUGGUAAGGCCAAGGGUGACAUUCCUGGUGUCCGCUUCAAGGUCGUGAAGGUGUCUGGUGUCGGCCUGCUUGCGCUAUGGAAGGAGAAGAAGGAGAAGCCUAGGUCAUAAACAGCCACCGUCUUCCCUCCCCCCCUCUCUGUAAUGAACGCUCUGCCAUUCGUCCUGCCGGUAUCACAUGCUUGUACUCUGUAUGCGACAGUAUGUUUUCGUUAAUGAAUCAUAUGCCAAACGGACACCAUCGC